AUGAGGGGCAGGGAAUCGGACCCCGAAAUAUCAACUGCUGAGCAGUUAUCUACAAUUAGCAAAAUCCCAGAUGGAGGAUAUGGCUGGGUCUGUGUUUUCUGCGUUUUCCUGAACAAUGCUCAUCAUUGGGGUAUUGCGAGUAGUUACGGUGUUUUCCUUUCAUAUUAUCUCUCCGCGUCUGAGUUCCCUGGGGCAACGCCUCUAGAAUAUGCGUUCAUUGGAGGUCUCAUCACCGCGACUGCCCUUAUUACCGGACCCCUAGCCUCUGCUAUUACGAACCGAUUUGGCAUGAAUGUCACGUUACUCUGCGGGGUGGCUUUUGAAACCGCUGCCCUCGUCGGUGCAUCCUUUUGCAAGCAGACCUGGCAUCUAUUCCUUAGCCAAGGGGUCUGCUUUGGGCUAGGUCUUGGUUUACAAUACCUAUCUACCGUAGGUAUUAUCCCUCAGUGGUUUCUCCGCCGUCGGGGCCUUGCUAGUGGAAUCGCAGCUAGUGGAAGUGGCACCGGAGGUCUCAUAUAUUCGCUCGCUGUCCAAACAAUGAUACAAAAAUAUGGAAUCUCCUGGUCCUAUCGCAUUCUGGCAAUUGUUCAGUUCUUUGUCAACACAAUCUGCGGACUCUUGAUCCGAGAUCGAAAUAGGGAUGUUGGAACAACGCCGACUAUGUUUCAGCUACAGCUGUUCACACAAUGGCAAUACUGGUGCUUUCUAAUUUGGAGUGCACUGAACGUCAUGGGGUUCACUUCUGUCUUGUUUUCACUGGAUAAUUUUUCGAGAACCAUCGGCUUGAAGGCGCAGCAAGGAUCUCUCAUCACUGCUGCUCUUAAUAUCGGCCAGAUCAUUGGCCGCCCAGGGAUGGGAAAGAUCAGCGACAUCAUAGGCCCAUUAAAUAUGGCUGCUUUGAUGUCAUUCAUAACCACCAUCUUGUGUUUUCUAAUGUGGCCCUUUGUUGCAAGUUAUGGGGCAGUUAUUGCAUUUGCAGUGCUUACUGGCAUUUUCUUCGGUGGAAUAUGGACUCUGGGAGGGCCCGUUGCGGCCGAAAUCGUGGCACUGCCUGGUCUCCCAUCCUGUCUUUCUAUAAUGUGGCUUGCUUGUGCCGGACCUGCGGCGGUUGCUGAGCCAAUUGCGCUCAAACUUCGGCAAACGGGACGGGACGGAUAUCUCAACACCCAAAUGUUCACUGCUUCUUUCCCAACAAUACACUGGGCCAUGCAGCUCAGCGGAUACGUUGUCACGUGCUAG